CCCGACUCACCAAACCCUUAGGGUUCGAUCGAACCCAGGUUAAGAACCACUGUCUUAAUGUGACAGUGGUGACUUGGGCAGCUCUUUAAGAGAUUUGUGAUUAAGGGCUAUAUAAGUCAACUUUGAUUGAUUGAAUUAAAAUCCCUGGUGGAAUAGGGGAGGCAAAAGUGCCUCUCUUGUGAGAAAGUCCCAGAUGGAUGGAAAAAUGCACCAGUCGUACUCAUCCACGAAAAAAGAGACACUGCAGAUAUAAAAAAUUAUAGACCUAUCAGUCUUCUACCUGUGACAUGAGGUAUUCUCACAUGUUUUUUUUUAGAUGGAUGCUUAGAGCCCCAGAAAGUCACCAACUUAGAGAACAAGUUGGAUUGACCACAUCCAGGCUGUUAGUCUACUAUAUGAGAAAGCAGGUGAAUAUAAUAUCCCACUUUGCUUAGCGUUUGUCGACUAUGAAAAGGCAUUUGACUCAAUAGUUUUACCUACUUUUUGUUGCACUUGAAAACAAAGGAGUUAACAAAGCAUACUGUACAUCUCGAUCCUCCAAGACCUGUAUAGUGGUGCCACUUAAACAUUGAGAUUGCAAUGAGAUAACAAUAAGAUCAGCCUUGAAAGAAGAGCCAGACAAAGUGACAAUGCAUCUCCAAAACCCUUUACAGCCUGUCUCCAAGAUACUAUUGUCAACAUUAAAAAACUGGGAGGGAAAGGGAGUCAACACCUUUCUCAUCUGAUUUUUGUUGGUGAUAUAAUAUUGGUGGGACACACCACAAGAACUGAAUGUUACGCUGAAUGAAAUCCACCUCAAAAGCAAACCGGUGAGUCUAAGGAAUUAACAUGCACCUUGAAAAGACCAAAGUAAUAUUGAAUAAUUACUCUACCAAAGCACUAAUGGGUGUAGAUGGAAACAUUAUCGAAGAAGUUGAUUGCAAUAUCUUUCUCGGUAAGAUGGUAACAAACAAUGGAAAUCUGCUGCCAGUAAUAAAAAAAUGGGACUCGGAUGGGCUGCAUUGCGAAAUGUGGACAAGAUCAUUAAGAACCCACAGAUAAGUAUGACAACUACGAGAAAGGUACUGUAUUUAUAUUCCCUGUGAUGAUAUAUGGCAGUGAGACAUGGGCCUCCACUCAUGGCAGUGGCACAGAAAAGAUUAAAAGAAUUAUGCUUUGCAUCACUCUAAAGGUCAGAAGAACUAACAUCUGGAUCCCAGAGCAAACAGAAGUCAGUGAUAUAAAUAUUGCCAUCAAGACAUCUAAACACAGAUGGGCAGGACAUGUGGCCGGACAACAAGAUAAUCGGUGGAACAUCAGAACAACCGAAUGGACAUCUUUUGUAAACAGAGAAGACCAAGAUGAUGACCAAAAUCAAGAUAUAGAGAUAACCUUACACAACACAUUGGCCUCACUUGGCAGAGACUGGCUCAAGAUACAUGCGGUUAGAGUCUAAGGAAGGUUUCCUCAAAGAGCAAAAUUUACCCUUAUGAUGAUGAUGAUGAUGAUAUGAGUAGGGGGUUUCCGAUUCAUUGGCCUGAGGUCCUCUGAUCUACAUGGUGAUAUGGACACGAGAUAAGUCAUGCACAAAAUAUAUUUGCGUUCCGUUAAAUCACCUUCGUUUUGUCACUUUAAAAAAAUACAGAGGAAACGACCUCACCACAUCUCCUCAAUGGUAGUCACCACCAUGUGCUCAAACAAUUUUGUUUACAUUCUCUAAUGCAAUUGUCGCAGCACGACACGUCACACUGUCAUUACUCUGCCACCGCACAAUGGUAUGCUACAAUUAGCAACUUUCUUUGGCUCCCUGGUUGCUUAUUUUUCCGCCAUUUUGAAUAAAAAGACUGUUUGGAAGUGUACACAAUUUGCCUGACACACACUUACAUUUGAACGGACCGUCACCAUCAUUUAGCAGAAUAAUAACCGGACAAAUGGAUGAAAACAGACAUAUUUUUGUUGAAAAUCCAACUAUAGGAAAACCGAGGCACCGCCAGCAAGUGAUGUUUACGAUGUGGUGUGAUGACAUCGCUGACGUGAUGAUGCAGGUUAUGUGUGACAAAGACUUGGCUGCAGUGAUGUUACUUUUCCCAAGUCAAAGUAAGAGUGUGUUCACGUAAAAAGGAAAGUAAAUAAAAAGGGGUAAAAAUGGAAGCAAACGAUACGCGUCUAGACUUGCUGAGACGUCUCCUUUUACAAAGUUUGCAGCUGGACGAAGACAAAUGGCGAGAGUUAGUGACUGAGAAAAAGAACCUGCUCUACUUCAACAGUUUGUUCAACAGCAGGGAGUCAGUGAACCUUUUCCUUUGGAUCGAGGCAGACUCCAGCCUGUCCAUGAGUUUGGACUUCCCGAAAAAGCCAAACAAAGUGGUGUGCGUGACGAAAACGGAGCGGGAGGUCAUCAGUGCGGACAACGUCUCCAGGGCAUUGCUGAUUGAAGACCUUCAUGGAGAAGACGUGCUCAGCUUCAUCACCGCUCUCACUCAGGAGGUUGUCUGUCCGUUGCUUAGCAACCCAGAAAACAAUGGUGAGUGGGCGCCUGGUGCGGCCGAGGAGACGCUGAACUUCAUGGAGCGGCUAAAGAACGAAGCUCUGGUGAUGAAGGCCCGGCAGGAAGGAUGGACCUUUCUUCCUUUUCCCAAGCAUCUCCCUGACAACAAGGAGCUGAAGUCACCUGCCGUCAAGCUUCUCCAUGCCUGCGAGUCAGUCAUCAUUGAGUGGGCGGGGCUUGUGUCAGAGUUACUGCAGCAGAAACCGUCUCAGGCGCUCUUGGACGGAUUCAAACCUGAACCAUCUGAAGAGUUUAACUUCUGGAACAGCAGGCUGAAGAACCUGCAGCUUAUCCAGCAGCAGAUGAUUAGCAGCAAAGCCCAGCAGUUGGCAUCUUGCCUCCAGUCAGCUGAGGGUGCAUACUGCUUCAUCUUAAAACAAAUUUAUGGAGAAGUCCAGACAGGACUCCAAGAGGCUGAGGACGCCACCCAGAACCUGAAACCUCUUCAGGAAAAACUGGAAGAAACAGAGGUUCUGGAGUAUUCUCAGCUGAGAGACAACAUGGCUGCUGUCAUGGAGAAGAUAAACCAGGUGUGGAUGAACUCACACUUCCACUGUAAACCAUGCUGGAUUGUGGUGCUGCUGCAGGAGAUCUGCAACCUCUUCAUAGACAGGAGCAGGACGUUUCUGUGCGGACAGGAGGUGAUGCGGGGUCUUCUUGCAGACCCUGCUAAGGUUCUUGAGGAUAUCCAAGUUGUGACGUUGACACUGGAGAAAUUUAAAGAAAAGUACAUUCAGUGCAGGAAUCACCUGGAAAAACAGAUUGGGGGCUCACGCAGGUGGGAGUUUCCUUCACAUCUGGUGUUCUCUCAGCUGGAUGACUUCCUGUCACGCAUGAUCAGCAUACAGGAGGUGUACAGCAUUCGGCUGCAGUUUCAAUUGGAACAGGUGGUUCUUGCAGGAGGGCGUGGCAAGAUGUGGACCGAUGCCGUGGAGGAAGUGUACCAGGACUUCCUGCUUCAGCUUCACCUUCUAUCUGACUGUCAGUACGACGCCAGCGAGCCCACAGAUCAGAGCUUUCCGCUGCAGGCCUGCUCCUUCCAGGAGUAUGUGCUGGACCUGGAAGCCAGGCUGGUGUCCAUCCUUAAAGGAACCCUGGAUGACUGCUGCGUGUCAUCGUCUGCAGUCAAGAUUCUGAACAUGUUCGGCCAAGUACUGGACCGCCCACUGAUCCAGGAGCAGCUGCGUCCCCAGCUUGUGCGUCUGGUGGACAUGGUCAUGACAGAACUUGACCAGGUUGAGGCACUGAUCCAAAGUAAGACUUCUAAGACAGAUGUGUCAUCCAAGUUCAGGUCCAGUCGGGCCAUCACCCUCAGGUGGACUCAACAACUCCUGCUGAGGGCUCACAAUGUCCUCCAGAACUUCCAGACAGUCCAACACCUAUGUGUGGACUCAGGUGAGCUUGUCAUGCAAAAGUUCCAGAAAAUUUCAGCUCUGGUUGUGGAGCUCAGGUACUCGGUCAGACUGGACUGGAGCUCCAAGCUGGACAGGGAUUCUGCUUUCAUUCUGGAACAUCCUCUGAUCAAACAGCAGGCAAAAGGCAUGAUGGGAAUUCCCUUCAGGGACAAAUUGGAGACGAUGCUGAGCGAAAUUAAGCAAGUGAGCUGGGAGAGGGACAUAGAACUACAACCCCAAGCUGCUCAAUUAUUGAAGUCCAGAUGUGACAUCGGAAAGAGUUACCAGUGUCUGAGUCACAUGGUGUCAUGCUACAACCAGGUGGUGAGCGGAACUCUGCCAGAGGAACUUCCUCUGAUCCAGGAACAGCAGAAGGAGCUAAAGCAGAGCCUGUUGGAGCUGGCAAACCAGAAGUGGAGCAGCGAAGGUGUGCACGAGUUAGUUGAGCAGAAGAGAGAAAGUGUGACAGCUUUCUUCGCCAUGGUGAAUGAAGCACGUGCCAACAUGGCCACCAUGUCUCAGAUCACGCAGGGGUGGGUGGAGCUUCCCCUGCUGCAGCGUAUAGGAAACUUUCUUCAGAGGGGCGAAGCUACAGAGGAGAGCUACAGUCAGCUGAGAAAAGACAGCGAGGAGGUGCUCAGGCUUACUCAGGAGAACCUCCGACUGUACGCAGCAGAUGACACCUCCGCGCCCUGGUAUACCUAUCUGGAUCAUGUCGACCAGCUGGUCCAGGAUGGACUGUUACAGCUGCUGCUGCGCUCGCUGCACUUCCUGUCAGACAACAUGAAGCCACAGAGCUCCGGGGGGGCCUUGUUGCAGGUCUCACUGCAGCUGGAUUCGACAGGAAGUUUAUUUGAGCCUUCUCUGGAGGAAGACCUUGCUGACCUCUUAAAGUCCUUCAUCGAUGACGUCUACUCGGCCGCCAGCCUGCCGCCAAGGAUCUCCAUCAGUCACCAUGGCGGCCACCAGGAGGCGCUGCGAGAGAACGCCGACCUCAUGGCGCUGGAACAGGAAGUGAUGCAGCAUCUGCCAGAGGUGAGAGAGGAGGCGGCGCUUCUAAAGGCGCGCUUGGACAAUUUCUCACAUCUCUGGAACAGCAAUAAGCGGGCGGUGAUGCAAGAAUUCCUGACCUACGGAAGGAAACUGAAGCCCGAUGAGGAAGAAGUGGCGGAGACCCCGCCCACCUUGGCAGACUUUCAAAGAGAGAUCCAAUCCCUGCAGAAACAAAUGUCAAGCGUCAGUCACCUGAGCAAGAACGAGCUGCUGCACGGCUGGCUGCAGGUUGAGCUCAAAUCUUUCAAAGACGCCCUGCAUCUAUUCAUUCACAACUGGAUUAGCAUGUACACGCAGCACUUGCUCAAACUGGUGCGACACAGCAUGUCUCGACGCAGCGUUGAUGAGGAGCAAGAGGAAGAUAAGAAGUCUUCCUCCAACUUUCCUCUGACAGAAACCAUCAUGCUGCUGGAAACGGUUGGCGUGGAAGUGCCUGAACUCACCACGUUGCUCCAGAGCUGAUGACCACGCCAGAUGUUCAUACAGUGUACACAUGCUGGUGUGUUUAUGAAGCAUGUAAUCAGUGAAGAUAAAUAAAUGCUUUAAUAUCA